UCCUGUCAUAACAUUAGACAUGUGAUAACUGUGCCAUCUUUACUGUGAAUUCUUACUGUAGCUACAACGAUCUGUUUAUAGUGUGGCAAGUAGCUCAGUAGCUAGCUUAGUACCUCUGGUAAAAGUAAUGCGCUGGAUCUAAUUAGAAGAUAUCACUGUUUAAAAUUAAUGACUCCCACGAUGACGACUGGGAAGCCUAGCAUUAAUGAAAAGGUGUUGCAGUAUGAAACCUUUAUCAGCGACGUGUUGAAACGAGAUUUGGAGAAGUUGCUGGAGCAGAGAGAUGGAGUGUACGAGAAAAUGUCCCAAUAUCUACAGCUGAAAAACACCAUUCAAAGCUUGCAGGAAUCAGAUACCAAGGAACUGAAAACAGAAGUUGAUCUUGGCUGCAAUUUCUAUGUCCAAGCUCACGUGGAGGACUCAUCCAAGAUCUUUGUUGCUGUUGGCUACGGUUUCUUUGUCGAGCUAACACAUGCAGAGGCUCUCAAGUUUAUUGAGAAGAAGACAAAUCAGCUCACUGCACAAACAGAGGUUUUGACCAAAGAUUCAGCUAAAAUCAAAGCCAACAUCCGCAUGGUGUUGGAGGGUCUCCGGGAACUCCAGGGCUUACCAGACUUGCCUGAUGCCAAAAGGAAAGAAGUAUUUUAGUGUGGUAUUUUAAGUGUUUAUUCUGGCGGUCUGGAGGUCUGUCAACUGUUCAGGUCAAGGCCUUUACAUUUACACUGUACAAACAGUUUUUCCUUUUCCUAAUGUCAGGAACAGAAUAUCUCGAGUUUUCGUUCUUAUUCAGCCCUUGGUGACUGAUGCACUCUCAUGCACACACCAGAAACAGUUUCCAUGGAAACUGGGAUGUUAAGUUGCGGCUGCAACGUAAAUGCAUUCUGAAAUAGAUGUCUUGUCGGUACACACUACUUCCAGAGUGGACAUGUGCUUGAGUAGAGAUAAGGGACGGAUCAAACUACAUUUUGAAACUUAUUACAACAUUUGAUUUUACUUUUCAGGAUUCAUUUAGGAUUGCCAUGUAAAUAAAAAGAGAUGUUUGCCUAUA